GCGCUGAGUGUGAGAGAAGAGAAGAGAAGAGAAGAGCAGGUACAUCUUCAUCUCAUUCAUCAGAAUCGAAGUCCAACUGUAGCAAUAGGAAACUGUGAGCAAUGAAGAUGCUGGUUUUACUGAUGGGCAUUUUAGCUGUAACUUAUGCCACAGACCCAAAGUUAAACUUUACAAGUAAUUUUCCCAGAUCCUGUCCGCUAAAGAAUUUUUCUGACUGGUACGUGGUUGGGUCAUACUGCGUCAAGUAUUUUGGACAACCGCAGCUGAACUUCUCUGAGGCUGAGUUCUUUUGUCGGAAAACUGUGAUAGGUGGCCACAUGGUCUCCGUUCACAGUGAAGAAGCCAACAGUCAAAUACUCGUCUUGACUAUGAAGUUUAAUGCCAGCAAUCCACGCAUUUGGAUGGGAGGCCUGGAACUGUUUAGAACUAACAGGUUUAUUUGGACUGAUGGCUCCGAUUGGAAUUAUGAUGCUUGGGUUCCUGGUCAGCCUGACAAUACUGCUAAUAUUGAAGACUGUGUGGAGAUGAACUGGAAAGCAAACGGGAAGUGGAAUGAUGGCAAAUGCAACUUGGAGAAGCCCUUCAUCUGUGCAUUCAAAAACAGAGUAUAAGAAUUAAAGAGGAAGAUGGACGAAUGUAGAAGAACGCAUGCAUCGCUUUUGGCUUUUAGUGCAGGAGUUUGAUCAUUGCUGGAGUUUAGUGUGUCUGUGGAUGAUGUUCAGAUGAAGAUCACCCAUGAGGCACUGUUUUUCUUAUUGUCAAUAAAUUGUUUGUUGAGGAAAGGGAUGAACUAUAUGACGCUUGCACAUAAUUCUGGAAAGUGAUCAUGCACAAUAAAUUAAGAAACUACGAGAUGCUGCCGCAACUUUUGCCAAUCGAUCGGCCCUUUCAAGUUAAUGAAGACCGUGCCAGCAUCCAUGUGCAAAAUGAAUAAGGAGAUGAAGGUUAUUCUUACGCUGAAAAAAAAUUGAAAAGAAGGUUAGAGGCCACAAUGUUUGAUUGGUGCAUCCAUCAUCAUGGCGAAGGUUGUACAGCUCAAAUGUCGCUUCUCUAACAAAUCUUGUCUACAUGUAGUAAAAAACAUAACAAACAUCAAAGAAUCAAACUAGAAUGCAAUGAAGUUCAUCAACAAAAUAAACCUAACAUAUGUAUUCACCUCAACUUGUAUUAACUGCUGAUCCACAGGCCUGACACCAGGGAUGAAUGUUCUGAUGAAAUUAAAAAAAUAUACAUUUUUUUUAGAACAAAACUCAAAAUUUCAUUAAUCUGCUUUGCCUUUCUUAAAAACAAAAUAAAAGUCUUUGAAAACAU